GAGAUGCGUAGCUAGCCGAAAUGUUAGUUAAGAGUUGCGUUUCACUGUUUAUUCUUCAAAUUGUCUGAUUACAUGGCCUCACAACUGGCGCUAGACAGCAUUUGUCCCGCGCUCUCAGGCCAGCCAAUCAGAAGGCCGUAUUACUGCAUGUCCAAACAUGCCCGGCUCACGCAACGCUCAGAAGAACGUGAAGUAUAAUACUUGAUGUAUAAACUUAUAAACAUGUAUAAACGUUCGAUUUGGAUGGAGCAAAUACUAUUCGGAACAGUACUAUAUAGCGUUAUCCUAGCAGUCGCGGGCUCUGGUUGCCCGGAUGGGACAUUCAACGAAGGGGACAAGUGUUGCAAACUCUGUCCGCCCGGGACGUUCCUUGUGACGCCAUGCGGACGGAACAACACAACGGACUCUGUGUGUGAUGCCUGCCCUGUAAGCACAACCACAAACAUAAACACGUUCAUGUCCCACGCAAAUAGAGACACAAAGUGCGAGGCCUGCACCCCAUGCCCCAACUCAAUGUUCAUAGCCACGCCCUGCUCCCCCACUGCUGACACUAUAUGCAGCUGUGCAGAGGGAAAGUACUACGACACAGGACUUCUCUUCUGUAAGGAGUGCACCGUGUGCCGGGUGGGGCAUGGGGCGACAAGGCCAUGUAGCACGAAAUCCGACACAGAGUGCCACCCUUGUGAGGCAGGCACGUUUUCGGACAAGGAGAGUUUGUCCGAGCCUUGUCGGCCAUGUCGAGUGUGUUCGACGGGUUAUGUGAUCGCGACGCCGUGCUCCUCGGUGAACAAUACAAAGUGCACCAAGUCGAGGAACACAAGCAAACCUUCGUCUACCACGAGCAGUAAGUCAACCUUCGAAUCAGGGUAUAACAACAGCAAACCUUCGUCUACCACGAGCAAACCUUCCCCCGGGACAAACCAUACAAUCCUGCGCCCCUCGAGUCCAGAGUGGAUCAUCCCCACGAUUGCGGUGCUAGGUACCCUCCUGGUGCUGCUAGCGAUAGUGGGCCUGUACCACUUCCGCACGUGCAUCAAAGCGUGCCUAGAGGAGCCUCCGGAUGUAGAGGAAAACACUGAGGUGACGGAUCAAGAACUAUCUAUGCCCCUUAAUCCCAUGGUAGAAGAGCAAGCACGGGGUUUGCGUGGACGACACAAGAGCGUUCCACGUCGCUCUAACCAUAACAGAGACUCGAGCGACUCAAGCACAGGCUCGCAAGAGGGCACCCGGGGAAAAGUCAUACUUGUAAGGGAUCUGCCCGCAGAUGUUAUACAAUCCCUUGCACUGAUGCUUAACCCGUCAAGCAGCAAUGACUGGACGCGGCUCGCAAGUGAACUGGGCUACACAGCACUACAAAUAGCUAACUGGAAGCUAGUCCCACUUCAAAGCACACAACAAGUCCUGCAUGAUUGGGGAACUCGUGAUACCAGUACAGUGGAAAAGCUAUAUAGAACUCUUAUAUCCAUCAAACGGGAUGACGCUGCCGCGAAGCUGAAAACCUUCAGAUAAAAACGUUAUUGUUGUUUGAAAAAAAGUUGGCGGUUGAUGAAUGGGCUGUUCCACGCCCUUAAUAUCCUGUCCACAUGUGACUUGCACCAAGAAAUCACAAAAUAACAUGGUUCCUUAGUACAAUCCUCUUUGGUACAUAGAUGGAGAUGUGUCGCAGCUGGCUCUAUCUUAAGAAAGAACAUUUAACAAUGAAAACAUGGAGUUUUUCAAGCACAGAAAUGUCUACGCUUAACUCAGCUGUGCCUAAGCUUGUACCAAGAUGUUUUGCAUGGAUUCCCAAGUGGUUAACUUGUAGAGGAUGAUAGUAGGAAUUUAAAAAGGUGAAUGAAGAAACUAUGUUGACAUAAACAUGUCAUGAACAUUAAAGAAGGCAAAUCAUGCCACCAUGUUA